CCGUAUCCUUAUCCUGACUCCGUCGUGAGAAAGAGAAUGAUUAAAUUGGUCUAAAUAACAUGUUCCCAAUUCAUUUUUCUACAUUGAUGUUGUAGGUUACAAGUACUAUCGCUGAUGCUUCAUCUGGUUCUUUGAGUCAGAGUCAAUAUCUGAUUUUCUAACAAGAGUAUCGAACUUUAGUAUUUUACACGUCUUCGUUUUAAAAGUAGACGCAAUAUUCGUUCUUCUCGAAAUCAACAUAAUGCUGGUCGUUCUAGUACACGUGGUUUUCUUACUCUUCCAGCUUGCUUUUCCGACCUCCUCGGUGUUGGCCAGAAGUCUGUCUGCCCGAGGUCCACGAUCAGCUGCAGCGAAGUAUCAAGCCAGUGCCGAUGAGGUGGAGGUUAUCGUGCUGGGUAAUAGUACUAAUCAACGAGAUGAUAUGGAGGUGGAUAUUAAAGAGCACCAGCCUCUUCGACUUCAGAAUGUCGCUAACAUCAAGGAGAAAGAAGAGGAGCUACGACAUCAACAUCAACAUCUUCGAGGACGGCGACAGGAAUCACAUCAACAGCGAGAUGAACUUGAUGAAGAUCUCCAACAACUUUCAGCUGAUUUACAGAAUCCUAGCUCAGGGUUUCAACGUGGACAUCACCGAGUUCAUCCUACUUCCAGGUCCGAAAAACAUGGCGUUGCUAGACACCAUGAGCCUUAUCGGACAUAUGAAGAUCUCGGGUCUUUCGAUCCCCGUCGACCUUUCUCAGAUCCGAGGUCGUCGCCGACUGGGUCCAGCUACAACUACACUCUAUCUCA